AUGGAAGUAUCCACCGCCCGUAACCAAACCUCCAAACGCAAGUUCGACGACACCGUUUCAUCCUCAUCCAACGCCGUCGAUCUCUCCCUUCUCGAAGCAAUCGAGAGAUCCCAAACCACCAUAGAAGCAGUCGACAACCGAACCCUAAAGAAGCUCGUCCUCUCCUUCGAACGCCGCUUGAAGGAAAACAUCGAAGCACGCCUCAAGUACCCUAACCAACCCGACCGAUUCGCGGAUUCCGAAUUGGAGCUCCACGAAGAGCUUCACAAACUCAAAGUCCUUGCCGGAGCACCAGAGCUUUACCCCGACCUUGAUUUGACUGAUGAGGACGCGCUUGACGAGAACGAUGAGCCUGCUAGGGUUUUAGUUGAUGCUAUUGUUGAUAAUAGCGCGUUAGAGCUUUUGGUGCAGAAUUUGCACCGUUUGUCGGAGUCUGAUCCUGAUGAGAAUGCUGCCAUUUAUAAUACGCUUGCUACGAUUGAGAAUUUGAUUGAGGUGAAACCUGCUGUGGCGGAGUUGGUUUGCGAGAAGACGAAGCUGUUGAAGUGGCUGUUGGGGAAGAUUAAGGUGAGGGAGUUUGAUGGGAAUAAGCAGUAUGCGUCGGAGAUUUUGGCGAUUUUGUUGCAGAGUAGUUCUGUGAAUCAGAAGAAGCUGGGGCAGAUGAAUGGUGUGGAUGUCGUGCUUCAGGCUGUGGCGAUGUAUAAGUCGAAGGAUCCUAAGAGCUCGGAUGAGGAGGAAAUGGUGGAGAAUUUGUUUGAUUGUUUGUGUUGUUUGUUGAUGCCUUUGGAGAAUAAAGAAAGGUUUGUGAAAGCGGAAGGGGUUGAGUUGAUGAUUAUUAUUAUGAAACAGAAAAAAUUGGCUUAUGCUUCUGCGAUAAGGGCUAUUGAUUUUGCAAUGACUAAUUACCCUCCUGCUUGUGAACGUUUUGUUGAUGUUUUGGGAUUGAAGACAGCUUUUGCGGCUUUUAUGGGUAAGAUUCCCAUCAGCAAGAAGAACAAGAAAGAACGGUACCAGGAGGAGUUAGAAGAGCGCAUUGUGUCUCUGGUUGCUUCAUUAUUCGGUGGUAUCUUGAGGGGCUCUAGGAGAGAAAGAUUAUUAAGUAAAUUUGUUGAAAACGAAUGCGAGAAGAUAGAUAGGCUAAUGGAACUAUACAUCAGAUAUUCGGAUAGAGUCAAAGCUGAAACUGAACGGUUGGAUCAAAUUGAGUUUGAUGAUUUGGAGAUGGAUGAAGAUGAAAAGUACAACCGCAAACUAGAAUCUGGACUUUAUACUCUUCAGCUGGUUGCUGUCAUUUUGGGUCAUAUUUGGUGUUCCGAGCAUCCACAAAUGAGAGGAAGAAUUGAGCUACUUCUCAAGCAGAACAAACUUAGUAAAAAUCACGUCAAGGAUAUACUUCAGGAAUAUCAUGACAAUAUUGGCGAUCUUGAUGGACCAGAAGAGAAGGAGCGAGCACAGACCAAGAUUCAAAAAUUUUUAACGGCGUUAUAA